UGUUUUUACUUUCGUGAAAAUGAAUGGCAAACUGCAUAGUGAAACCGGCGCUUUCUCAUCUGACGACAUGCGCGCCGAAAUAUUGAACCCUUUCGUUCACAAAUUGGAGCUAGAUAACACAUAUGAUAAAAUAAAGACGGCGAUAUUCACUGUAAUAUUGCUGCCUUUCCGAGUCAUUGUGAUAUGCUACCUCAUAGUGACGGCGUGGUUUCUUGCGUGUAUCGGCCUCUAUGGCCUCAGCGAGGAAGACCUCAGGAGACAGCCAAUGACAGGUUGGAGAAGGUAACAUCCUCAGUUCAUAAACAAAAUGCCAAUUAUGAAGUCUUGAAAUGCCAAAUAUGAGGGUUUAGACUUUAUGUAGCAAGAUUAUCAAUUUUAACCCAAAUCUCUAGUCAACUAAUAGUUUUACCAAGCAUGUCACGGAUCGUAGCAAGUCUACUGUUUAACUUUCUUUUAAAGUUGGUAGGUAACAUGAAUUAGCGCGUUUUAGAAGGUACCUUAAAGGUAGCUAAUUUAGGCCUACGGCUGAUCAAUGUCAAAACGAUGUGAGCUGUCAAAUGGUAAUUACAACAAACCGAAUGGGAGUCUCGUGUAGGGUAUAGUUUUUAUUUAAUCCUUGACACUGGUUGAUUUCUAUCCAGAACAGG